ACUCUGUGACGUGGGAGGAGAGGAGAGAGGACGUGGGAGAGGGGAGAGGGGGACGUGGGAGAUGGCGGCGACGACGGCGACGCUCCGGUGGGUGCUGCAGAUGCACCGAGACGUGCCACGGGCGGCGCGAUUCUAUGUGGAGGGGCUCGACUUCAGCGUCAACGUCUGCACGCUCCGCUGGGCCGAACUCCAGUCGGGACCGCUCAAGCAAGCUCGCGCUUAUGCACACCAACAACAGAGAGUCUAUUCUUCGAUGGUGUCCUUCACUGUACCAGACAUAAACAGUACAGUCUCAAAAUUAAUGGCACUGGGAGCUGAGUUGGAUGGGCCAAUCAAAUAUGAGAUUCGUGGAAAAGUUGCAGCCUUACGAUGCAUCGACGGGCAUGGGCACUAGGUCUUUACGAGCCAGCUUGAAGAACUCCUGCUACAAUUAUCUUUUAAUCACUCGGAGAUUACUGGUGCAUGUGUUCAUUUCUUCCAGACAAAAGAUCUUUUGACACAAGUUAACUGACUGGACCUGAUGUGUCUGAAGUGUGAGAGAUCAUUUUAUUAGCAAAAUCAUAUGAGAAACAUUGUACGUAGUUUAUAGCAACGGAGCAUUUAUCAUUCUCUGCCUCGUAUUGCUGGUUCUGAUGCACAUUUUUCUCAAACUGGAUGCACCUAAGCAAGUCGGGACGGCAGGUAAGGUUCAAGCAAGCCAAGUUCAUUCAAAGUAGCAUCUUCAGUGGUUCUGCUUGAUCAUGGGCAUUGGCUAUGCCAUUACAAUGUGCCAGUGUAUCUAGUUCGAUUUUAAAUUCUAACGUAGGAGAGCUCUGCCACUGUUCAUUCAUGGCAAUAUAUCACCAUCGGGUAUCAUGUAAUCGAGAAUCUGAUUUAAGCACUGAUUUUUACAACGGAAACCUCACCUGACCCUUUUUUCCC